AGGAUAUAUCUACAUUUACCUUUUUGCACACUUCAGAUCAUCAAUGCCACUUAACGUUUAGUAACGUGCGUUUGUUGUAUAGGUGAUCCAACAGCUCUUGCGGAAUAACACAUAUAUCGAGAGGGACGAAGAGAAGAGGGGGGAUUUCCUACCGCUGGGACCGUACCACACCACUCAGGGGGAGGGAGGACAGACAUUCCUGGCCAAGCCUAUGGCCCACCUCACCGGAUCAACACUGGACGAUCCCCAGUUGGCCCUAGACCAUACUAGGGGAACCGUCCUGCGAGUGAAAGAGUGGGAAUCGAACCAGGGACUGGCGACCCUGGCGAACGGUAUGAGGUACCGAGACGGCUACAUCAAAGUACCGCAGGACGGGCUGUACUACGUGUACAGCCAGCUGUAUUUCCGCUACAUGGGAACGGGGGAGGGUGAGCAGUCAACGGAAGAGCACCAGCUUCUGCACUUCACGUACAAGAAAAGCGUCACCUACAGGGAACCACAGCAAGUGAUGAAAAGUGCCAGGACAAAAUGUUGGAGUAAGCGUAGCCAGUACGGUCUGCUGUCGAGUUACCAGGGCGGGGUGUUCCGGCUGCGGGCGGGGGACAGGCUCUUCGUGCAAGUCAGUAACGUCGCCAUGGUCAGCUUCGAGGAGGCCGCAAGCUACUUCGGAGCCUUCAUGAUAUAGAAGGUAGUCGGCGGGCUUUUUGUUUGUAUGUGAUAAUACAAAUAAACUGCCUGUUGACUAGAGAACAUGUAAAUACUGAGAAUAUGUAAGUACGGGGAAAGCAGCGAAAAAUGAACUUUGUUACACAGCCAUUCACUAGCCUGAGGAAACUAUUCACGGAUGUUCUCUCUCAGAUGUUGGAGCAAAGACAUGAUGUACACGUCACCUGUCGCCAUAUUGGUGUCCCUAUUUGCAUUUCAGUUAAUCGUAGGUCAUGCAUUUAGAGCUUUUCUGGCACUGUGCAAUAGUCACAGCCAGACGUGUCCGAAGCUCAAAGAACAAAAAUGUUUUAAAGGGUGAAGUGAACAUUAAAAACGCAUGUGAGGUAAGAUUCACGGAUAUGAAAAUACGGUACACCAAUAUGGUGGCAGACACACAGAUGACGUCACGAGAACACAACUUGUGAUGGCUAUCAGUAACAUUUUCAUAGUUAGUUUUGAGGAGUCAAUAAAAUGUGUUUUUCUGCUGUUCCACAAUUGUCCUCGUAUCGCAAUUAGAUAGGAAAUGCUAUGCACCAGAAACGUAAAAUACUCUUAGAAGUUCUUUUUAAUUUACCAGACAUGCGUCCUGAGAUUAACCUUAUCCAUGAAGCAGCCCUUUGGGACCAAAUCUAUAUUGAUUACUGCGUUAGUCAGCAGGGACAAGGUUGAUGUUUAAACGGAAGAGGCUUUUUACUAUGCAACUAUAACGUUUGUUCGGUGUUGGUCAAUACGUAUAUACAUGUGUACUGUGGUAAUUAGUCAUCUUUAUGUGAUGACUAACUAGUGUCUUUCAAAGUGCAGCUAUGGGUUGUUUUUCUAUGUACUGCAUGUCAUGCAGUUCGAAACAGAUUAAUAAAGGGUGCCUAUCUUAA